CAUUUAUGGAUAAUAUUAGUUUGGAGUCUGUUUAUGAAGCAGUAAAUGCUCUAAAUGGCCCUGAUCCAUCACGUAAUGGAGCGGCAAUAAAAUGGUUGGAGCAAUUUCAAAAAUCGAUUGAUGCUUGGACGAUUGCAGACAGAAUAUUAAAUGAAGCCCGAUCUUCUGAUGCUUGUCUUUUUGCAGCGCAAACAUUAAGAAAUAAGUUGCUUUACCAAAUGCAUGAAUUGCCUUCUGAUUCUUAUGUCGCUUUAAGGGAUUCCCUUUUCAAUAUCGAAACUAAACUCGGUCGGAAUGUUUCUUCUAUUCUUGUUCAGAUUUGUGCUGCACUAUCAGAUUUAUACAUUCAGGUGGUAGAAUGGAGAGGGUUUAUUCCACAAUUGAUUGCUUUGUUUGGAGUUCAAGGAAAUACUCGGAAUCAACAAAUUUUUUUAAAUUUCUUCAGAAUUUUUCCUGAAGAGUUGUACAAUAGAAGAUUAAAAAUUGGGGAGAAUCGAAGACAUGAAGUUGAAUUAGAAAUGGCUGCAGAAACUGUUCAAGUGCUUAAUAUUUUGGUUAAUUUUUUAUUUAAAUUUUAUUAUAAAUAUUAA